AUGACCCGGCAAGGAGCUGCGAGGAGCCGCGAGGAGCGGCGAGGAGCGGCGGGGAGCGGCGAGGUGCGGGGAGGAGUGAGGAGACACGUAGUGGAAGAGAGACAAAUAUUGCAAAGAACUAAGAACAAAUCUAGGUCAAUGAAAAACGAACUCUCGGCAUUAUACAAGUUAGUAGGCAAGCGUAUUAGAAGCGAUUAUAUUUUUAUUUUUACAUAUACAAACUACAGAUCGAAAAUUAUAGAGAAAAAUUUAACACAGUCAGGAAGUUCAAAAAAGGCAUACAAUGAGUUGAGGACAAACAAGAGAUGGAUUGACGGAUUAGAGAUCAAAGGAAAAACCCUAAAUAAUCGUAACGACAUUAUAACAAUUGCAACAGACUUCUACAAAAAACUGUACAGCGUUCAAGGUUACGAAAAUAUCGACGAUAGCAUUAACUUUCAGUCAGACAAAUUACCAAUAAAUUCUAUGCCAUUAAAUUGUAUGCCUUUCUCCGAAACAGAAGUUAUAAAAGCAAUAGAUAGACUUAAAAUAAAUAGGAGCCCUGGUUCUGACAACAUUACUAACGAGUCUAUAAAAUCAGCUCACCUCCUUCUGACCCUACCGCUCACUCAAUUGUUCAAUCGCAUUUUGGAAAAUUCUAGUACACCGACUCAGUGGUCACAGUCGGAUAUCACACUUAUUUAUAAAAAGGGCGACCCACGUGAUGUUGUGAACUACAGACCGAUAAGCUUGCUACCAUGUGUAUACAAACUAUUCUCCUCUCUAAUAAACCAAAGAAUAAGUAUCACAUUGGAAGCAGAACAAGCCAUAGAACAAGCGGGAUUUAGGAAGAGUUUUUCGACUGUAAACCAUAUUCACACUCUGGAGUUAGUGAUAGAAAAAUACCAAGAAAAACAACGAGCUCUGUAUAUCGCCUUCAUCGACUACAAAAAAGCCUUUGAUACCGUUUCGCAUUCAAGCAUCUGGAAAGCACUAAUAGAACAGGGGGUAGCGAGGGGAUACAUACAGGUAAUACAAAGCAUAUAUAACAACAAUGUAGGUAGAGUCAAACUGGAGAGAGUCGGCCCAAGUUUUCCCAUCAAAAGAGGAGUGAGACAAGGUGACCCAAUCUCUCCGUUGCUGUUUAUUGCCAUCCUUGAGUCAAUUAUAAGAAAACUGGAGUGGAAUACUAGUGGUAUACACAUUGAGGGUAAAUACCUAAGCCACCUCCGAUUUGCUGACGACUUGGUGCUCCUAUCGGAAUCAAGCUCGCAAUUACAAAUCAUGAUACAAGCACUAAACUCAGCUAGCAAGAAGGUAGGAUUGGAGAUGAACCUAUCCAAAACAAUGAUAAUGACGAACGCCACCGAACAGACAAUAUUUGUUGAUAGUGAACAAUUAAAUUACAUGAGUAAAUAUGUUUACUUAGGUAAACAAAUAAGCUUUGAUAAGUACAACAACUGCUCAGAAAUUGAAAGGCGAAUUCAGCAUACAUGGAACAAAUACUGGAGCUUAAAAGAAAUUUUCAAAAGUAAUAUGUCAGUCGAACUUAAAACUAAAAUCAUGUCGAGCUGUCUUAUACCGUGUCUGACGUAUGCCUGCCAAACUUGGAAAUACACAGACAAAACAAAAAGAAAAAUCAGAACUUGUCAACGUGGCCUAGAACGCAGCAUGCUCAAGAUCAGAAAAAUCGACAAGAUAAGACACACCGAGAUAAGAAGCAUAACCAGAGCUACCGAUGCACUAGAACAUGCUCUUAAACAAAAAUGGAAAUGGGCGGGGCAUGUGGCAAGAUUGUCAGAUGAGCGUUGGACCCUAAGGGUGACACGGUGGAGAGGCCCAAGUGGCAAACGACACAGAGGAAGACCUAAUGCACGUAAAAAGUAUGAAAUAAGAAAUGCAGGUGGUAAAAGCGAACAGAUACCGGAAGCAAAUCCAGAUGGCACUCCAGACUUCUGUCGAGCCUGUAGUCAUAUCGGUAAGUCACUCAAAGCUGUAAAGAUUGUUCACCAAGAGCUUGCACUUGUUUACGGAAUCGUGGAACAGAAAAUGCCAUUUAUCAGUACUCACCGGUGCCCGUACUCAAACGCGACGCAGUCCGGCCCUCCUGUCCCAGUAAUACUGACUAUCGCUAUGGACAGGACGAUACUGCCGAACAAGCUUGAUAUCGUGGUGAUGGACAGGGCUCGGUUGAGGGUGUUUUUAGUGGACGUCACCAUUCCGCAUAACAAAAACCUCGUAAAAGCAGACACAUCCGCCGAUCUACCGCACGACAUUGUUGACAUGCGGGGUGUGAAGUUCGCUGAAAUUACCCCUAACGUAAUAUCUGUUUACGAGUAUCUGUCACGCUUUAAUCUUGGCGGAUGCUUCGCACAAUUCCAAGUGGUCGCCGUCCGGUCCACUCGCCCGCUAGCCGAUAACGACUACAACUUUAAAUUGAUACAUGCAAUUGUUAUCAGUUUGAAACAGUUUUGUGAUACGAUAGAAGAAACUUGCGAGUAUACAUUUUAA